ACUUCCUCCUCGCUGCUGACAAUACAACAGGAAGCAUCAGGCUGGGGCCUCAGUGGCUGCGUUCUCUAGACACCACCGCAGAGCCAGCUGGCAAGGAGCAGGCAAAGACAUCGCCAGCCAGCCGGAUUCUCUGAGUGGAGGCCUCCGGGAACCAAGAGGGGACAUGCUGGGCCCACACUCACUGCUGCUUGCUCUAGCUGGGCUGCUCUUCCUGGGAUCCGCCACGUCCCAGGAGUGCACCAAGUACAAAGUGAGCAAUUGCCGGGACUGUAUCCAGUCGGGGCCUGGCUGCGCGUGGUGCCAGAAGCUGAACUUCACCGAGCGAGGGGAGCCUGACUCCUUGCGCUGCGACACGCGGGCACAACUGCUGCUGAAGGGCUGCCCGGCCGAUGACAUAAUGGAACCCAGUAGCCUUGCUGAACCUCAGUAUGACCAGCCAGGGGACCGGAAGCAGUUAUCUCCACAGAAAGUGACGCUUUACUUGCGACCAGGGCAGGCCGCUGCAUUCAACGUGACUUUCCGGCGGGCCAAGGGCUAUCCCAUUGAUCUGUACUACCUCAUGGACCUGUCCUACUCCAUGCUGGACGAUCUCAACAAUGUCAAGAAGCUGGGCGCUGACCUGCUGCGGGCCCUCAAUGAGAUCACUGAGUCCGGCCGCAUCGGCUUUGGAUCCUUCGUGGACAAGACCGUGCUGCCUUUUGUCAACACACAUCCUGAGAAGCUGAAGAACCCAUGUCCCAACAAGGAGAAGGCCUGCCAGCCCCCGUUCGCCUUCCGGCACGUGCUCAAGCUAACCGACAACUCCAACCAGUUUCAGACAGAGGUCGGCAAACAACUGAUUUCCGGAAACCUGGAUGCCCCUGAGGGUGGGCUGGAUGCCAUAAUGCAAGUUGCUGCAUGCCCGGAGGAAAUUGGCUGGCGCAAUGUCACGAGGCUGCUGGUGUUUGCCACAGAUGAUGGCUUCCACUUUGCUGGUGAUGGAAAGCUUGGUGCCAUCCUGACGCCCAAUGAUGGCCACUGCCACCUCGAAGAUAACUUGUACAAGAGGAGCAAUGAGUUUGACUACCCAUCGGUGGGCCAGCUGGCCCACAAGCUCGCCGAGAGCAACAUCCAGCCUAUCUUUGCGGUGACGAAGAAGAUGGUGAAAACCUAUGAGAAACUCACAGAGAUCAUCCCCAAGUCAGCCGUGGGGGAACUGUCCGAUGACUCCAGCAACGUGGUGCAGCUCAUCAAGAACGCCUACUACAAACUCUCCUCUAGGGUCUUUCUGGACCACAGCACUCUCCCCGAAACCCUGAAAGUCACCUACGACUCCUUCUGCAGUAGCGGAGCAUCAAGUAUCGACAAAUCUCGAGGGGACUGUGAUGGUGUGCAGAUCGGCAUCCCGGUCACCUUCCAAGUAAAGGUCACAGCUUCAGAGUGCAUCCAGGAGCAGUCCUUUGUCAUCCGGGCCCUGGGCUUCACUGAUACAGUGACUGUGCGGGUCCUUCCCCAGUGCGAAUGCCGGUGCCGGGACCAGAGUCAGGAGCAGGGUCUCUGUAGAGGCAAGGGUGCCAUGGAGUGUGGCAUCUGCAGGUGUGACCCUGGCUACAUCGGGAAGAACUGUGAGUGCCAGACGCAGGGCCGGAGCAGCCAGGAACUGGAAGGGCGCUGCCGGAAGGACAACAGCUCCAUCGUGUGUUCAGGGCUGGGGGACUGCAUCUGUGGGCAGUGUGUGUGCCACACCAGCGACAGCCCCAACAAAGUGAUCUUUGGGCAGUACUGCGAGUGUGAUAAUUUCAACUGUGAAAGAUACAAUGGCCAAGUCUGCGGUGGUCCAAUGAGGGGCUCCUGCGACUGUGGCCAAUGCAAUUGCAAGCCUGACUACGAGGGCUCCGCCUGCCAGUGCCUGAGGUCCACCGUGGGCUGUCUGAAUACCCGGCUGGUGGAGUGCAGCGGCCGGGGCCGCUGUCACUGCAACAGCUGCAAGUGUGACGCAGGCUACCAGCCACCGCUGUGUGAGGACUGUCCUGGCUGCCCCGUGCCCUGCACCCAGCACAUCCACUGUGCCGAGUGCCUGAAAUUCAGUAAGGGCCUUUUUGAGAAGAACUGUAGUGUGGCGUGCGUCAAUGUGACGCUGCAGCUCACCCCUUUGAAGAAAACACCCUGCAAGGAGCGGGACUCAGAGGGCUGCUGGAUGACCUACACCCUGCAGCAGAAGGACGGGAGAGACUCUUACUACAUGUAUGUGGAGGACAGCCGAGAGUGUGUGGAAGGCCCCAACGUGGCUGCUAUCGUAGGGGGCACAGUGGUAAGUGUUGUGCUGAUCGGUGUCCUCCUCCUGGUCAUCUGGAAGGCCCUGACCCACCUGACUGACCUCAGGGAGUACAGACGCUUUGAGAAGGAGAAGCUCAAGUCUCAGUGGAAUAAUGACAACCCCCUCUUCAAGAGUGCUACCACAACUGUCAUGAACCCAAAGUUUGCUGAAAGCUAGGGCACAGCUCUCAGGACCAACCAGAUGAGACCCCGAGACCUCGCCUCUUCCCCUCUGCAACCAUGACGUGGCUUACAGCUCACCACAGUGCUGCCAAGGGCCCACUCUGUCUCUUCCUGCCUUUAUGUCAAGGCGGCCAGGUUUCCCACGGACUCAUCUUCUGACCCGCCCCAUCUUGUCACAGAGCCUUAAGAAUGUCCCAAGGUUCCGCACACAUUUUCUUGUAAAGGAAGACAGCAGUCUCAGUAAAGGUGGCACCGACUUAUUUAUAUUUAAACUUGCCAGGGUACAAAACUACAUCCCAUUUUUGUUGUUGUUGUUUUUUGUUUUUCGAGACAGGGUUUCUCUGUGUAGUUUUGGAGCCUGUCCUGGAACUCGCUCUGUAGACCAAACUGGCCUCAAACUCAUAAAGAUCUGCUUGCCUCUGCCUCCCAAGUGCUGGGAUUAAAGGCAUACGCUGCCACCACUGCCUGACCUACACCCCAUUUAUUAUAUUAUUAACAUCCCAUCCAUUGUAUUAUAUAUGGGCAUAAAACUAUAUCCCACGUAUUAUAUUGUAAUCAUGUAUGUAAAAAUAAUAAAGCUUCCAUCUAUGCUGUCCA